AGAUUGCCACGUGACUUAACUUAUUGGACUGCGCUAGGUCAAGGCAAGGGGCGCCGCUGCAACACCUCGCAUCGUUUAGGAAUCAAAUGGCGUUCGACCCAGCCGCGAGUGCUAUUGUCUGUAUUGAGUUUCAGAACGAGUUUGCGACCCCUGGCGGAAAGCUUCAUGAUGCAGUCAAGGGUGUUAUGGAAAGCACAAACAUGUUGGAGAAGACCGCAAAGCUGACUGAGGAAGCUCGUAAGAAGGGCUUUACAAUUAUCCAUGCGCCAAUCACCUUUUCGGAUGACUAUCGGGAGCUGUCUCCAUCACCGUACGGCAUUCUCGCAAACGUCAAGGCCGGUGGGGCCUUCAAGGCGUCUGAGUGGGGCGGUGCCAUCUGCGACGCUAUGAAGCCGCAGCCGGGGGAUGUGGUGGUGGAGGGCAAGCGGGGCCUGUGCGGCUUCGCGUCCACCAACCUGGACUUCAUCCUGCGCCAGCGGGGCGUCCGCAACGUAGCCCUAAGCGGCUUCCUCACCAAUUGCUGCGUGGAGUCCACCAUGCGGUCCGCCUAUGAGCGGGGCUACAACGUCAUCACGCUCACGGACUGCUGCGCCGCCACCAGCCAGGAGCAGCACGAUGCGGCUCUGAACUUCACGUUCCCCAUGUUCUCCAAGCCAAUGACCGCGGAUGAGUUCCUGCAGCAGUUAUCAAGCUGAGAGCGCUUGGCACCUGCGACCUGACGGCCUUGAACCCGGGAUCGAUCCUGGCUGGGAACGCGCCUGUACCUGGUUCCGACAUUUUUUUUCCAAUACGUUUUUUUAAGGGCUCGACUGAGAUGCAUUUUGGAAGGCUGUGGGAGGUCCGGAAAAUUAAGGAGGAUAAGCAGCAUAAGGAUUCAUAAGGGGUGUUUUUCUCAAGCGGUCUUUGGCGCAUUUCGUGGCGGCUUUGAGGAGGGCGUGUUGAGGCGUAUGCGCGUGCGGCUGAAGCUUUUUGAGAGUCGCCAACAAUGUCGAGCAGAUUAUCAGACAGCCCCAUCGCGCAGUCGCAAAAACCUGAGCGGCGCUGGGAGGAGUUGCCAAGUUGACCGGCUCAGAGAGAGGGAGUUCCGAUGUGUUGCUGUGUUAGCUGAGCAGGUGGUGCUUCUUCGCUGUCGAGCAAUCCAGACGUCGUCUGUACUGAGAUUUGGGUGACUGGCUUUGCAAUGGGCAACAGACCACACAGAUCACACAUCGUCUCUGCCCGUUUGAUGCGUGUGUUGUAGUGAGCUUAGCCGACAUGGUGGUGACUCUGGUUUGUGGUGGAGGGCGGGCUAUCAGGAGUAAUGCCCGCAGAUCAGCUUCAGGGUGGUCGGAAAGUACUGCAAAACCGAGCGGGCGCUAAUUCUGACAGAGCCUAUCUGAAGCCAAGGGAAAUGAAGAGAAUUGAACUGGGCUAGGAGCUUGCAGUUUGAAUGUGCACAUGUAGUCAGUCGUAUUCAUGUGUAUAGCUCUGCAACCCCCAGGUCCUGCAGAGAGCUUCAAAGCUGUAUCAUCGGUGCCCAUGAUUU